UUUCCCUUUAUAGGAAAAGCAUGCGCGGGGCAGGGGGGGGCUGCCCUGAGUCACCACGGGCUGCGGCGCCCGCCCCCGCCCGAGGAUCCCGGGCCGGGCCGGGCCGGGGCGGGGUUAGCGCUGCCCGCUGAGGCCUCAGCGGCCGAGCCGAAGUCCGGAUCCCGCCCCGCAGCCCCUCGGCCCCGCAGCCAUGACGGGCAGUAACAUGUCUGAUGCUCUGGCCAACGCAGUGUGUGAGCGCUGCCAGGCGCGCUUCAAUCCUGCCGAGAGGAUUGUGAACAGCAACGGGGAGCUCUACCACGAGAACUGCUUCGUCUGUGCCCAGUGCUUUCGGCAGUUCCCGGAGGGACUCUUUUAUGAGUUCGAAGGUCGGAAGUACUGUGAGCAUGACUUUCAGAUGCUGUUUGCUCCUUGCUGUGGGGAAUGUGGUGAGUUCAUUAUCGGGCGUGUUAUCAAGGCAAUGAACAACAACUGGCACCCAGAGUGUUUCCGCUGUGAGCUCUGCGAUGUCACCCUUGCUGACCUGGGCUUUGUGAAGAAUGCUGGCAGGCAUCUGUGCAGGCCCUGCCAUAACCGUGAAAAAGCCAAGGGACUGGGCAAGUACAUCUGUCAGAAGUGCCACUUGAUAAUUGAUGAGCAGCCUCUGAUGUUUAGGAAUGAUUCCUACCAUCCAGAUCACUUCAACUGCACCCACUGUGGGAAGGAGCUGACUGCCGAGGCCCGGGAGCUGAAGGGAGAGCUGUACUGCCUGCCCUGCCAUGACAAGAUGGGGAUCCCCAUCUGUGGGGCCUGCCGCAGGCCCAUCGAGGGGAGAGUGGUCAACGCCCUGGGAAAGCAGUGGCACGUUGAGCAUUUUGUUUGUGCCAAAUGUGAGAAGCCAUUCUUGGGGCACCGACACUAUGAGAAAAAAGGAUUGGCUUAUUGUGAAACUCACUAUAACCAGCUCUUUGGAGAUGUCUGCUACAACUGCAGCCACGUGAUAGAGGGAGAUGUGGUAUCAGCUCUUAACAAGGCCUGGUGUGUGAAUUGCUUCUCCUGCUCCACCUGCAAUAUCAAGCUCACACUGAAGAAUAAAUUUGUGGAGUUCGACAUGAAACCUGUGUGCAAGAAGUGCUAUGAGAAAUUCCCUCUGGAGCUGAAGAAACGCCUGAAGAAGUUGUCAGAGCUGGCAUCCAAGAAGGCCCAUCCCAAAGCUCUAGAUUUAAACUCUGCUUAAACAGGUCUGUCAGUCUCCUGACUGCACUCUUACAAAAGCUGCUGCUCACUGCAGCUCUUGAUUACAGAGGCAAUUACUAAGAAGUGAAACCAAAGAUAAGUAGUCCCUUCUCCUGCUUCUGGUAGUGUUGCUUGCAUCUAGAUUCUCUCUUUUCUCAAGCAUUUGUCUAUUAACACUGGCAGAAAGAGGAGUAUAGUUUAUGCUUGAGCAGUGUACAGGCUGGUUAUUAAUUUGCUAAUAACAACACUUUUUGCCUUUGUGGAAUUGUACACAAUCUUUCCUUCUUCAAUUUAACUGUGCUUGUCUCUCCAUUCCUCUUAGUCUAAGGAAUUUGGAAACAGUGGUUGAGUGUAGGGCUGGAAGAAAUGUCUGAUUUGCUCUUUUUCA